UGGCUGGCUGUGGCUCACCCCCCUUCGGCCUACGGCGCUUCCAGGACCGGUCGGCGCGGGCGUCUCCGGCCACCGCGGGUCAGCUGCGAACUGGGCCCCCCGAGAGCGGAACGGCGACGGCGGCCUGAGGGGGCGGGCCCGCGCGCGACUUGGAGGGCGGCGCUCGUCACGUGACCCGGAAGUGCCGGCCCCGGCGUGCCCCGUCGCUUUGGGAUGACGUCUUAUUAAGGAAUACUGAAACUAUCACUCAACAUAGCUUCAAGUGUCUGACUAAAUGACUUUUGUGCCAGUAAUACCUGAUUCCUACAGCCAUGUUCUUUCAGAAUUUGAGUGUCUCGACCCAUUACUUUCCACCCUACGAUUGGACUCCAGUCGUUUAAAGUGCACGAGCAUAGCUGUAUCUCGGAAAUGGUUGGCUUUGGGCAGUUCAGGAGGAGGACUCAAUCUAAUUCAGAAAGAAGGCUGGAAGCACAGAUUGUUUCUUUCACACAAGGAAGGAGCAAUUUCUCAGGUUGCUUGUUGCUUACAUGAUGAUGAUUAUGUUGCUGUGGCUACCAGUCAAGGUAUUGUAGUUGUUUGGGAAUUAAAUCAAGAGCGUCGUGGGAAACCAGAACGAAUUUUUGUGUCUUCAGAACACAAAGGCCGAAAAGUUACUGCCCUCUGUUGGGAUACUGCUAUUCUGAGAGUUUUUGUAGGUGAUCAUAUGGGAAAAGUGACUGCCAUCAAACUGAACACAUCCAAACAGGCAAAGGUAGCUGCUGCAUUUGUAAUGUUUCCUGUUCAGAAUAUAACAACUGUUGAUUCCUGUGUUGUCCAAUUAGAUUAUUUGGAUGGAAGACUACUCAUAUCUUCACUUACUCGAUCCUUUUUGUGUGACACUGAGAGAGAAAAGUUCUGGAAGAUUGGAAACAAAGAAAGAGAUGGAGAAUUUGGAGCUUGUUUCUUUCCUGUAAGAUGUUCUGUAGGCCAGCAACCCUUAAUAUAUUGUGCUCGUCCUGGCUCUAGGAUGUGGGAAGUGAACUUUGAUGGAGAAGUUAUAAGUACACAUCAGUUUAAGAAACUUCUUGCAGCUCCACCUCUCCCUGUGAUUACAUUCAGGUCAGAACCUCAGUAUGAUCAUAUAGUUGGAUCCCCCCAGUCUUUGUCUUUCCCCAAACUCUUGCAUCUUAGCGAGCAUUGUGUGCUGACUUGGACAGAAAGAGGAAUUUAUAUUUUUAUUCCUCAGAAUGUUCAAGUUCUUCUUUGGAGUGAAGUUAAAGAUAUUCAGGAUGUGGCUGUCUGCAAAAAUGAAUUGAUUUGUUUGCACUUAAAUGGGAAAGUCUCUCAUCUUUCAUUACUAUCUGUGGAACGCUGUGUGGAACGUCUGCUAAAGAGAAGCCUAUGGAACCUAGCUGCUCGCACUUGCUGUCUUUUCCAAAAUUCUAUCAUUGCCAGCAGAGGAAGAAAAUCUUUGACUAUAGAUAAAGUAGAGCAUUUGAAAUCUCAGCUGGACCUCACAACCUAUAAGGAUCUAAUUUCUCAACUAGAAGAUUUGAUCUUAAAAUUUGAACCAUUGGAUUCAGCUUGCAGUAGUAGAAGAAGCUCUAUUUCAUCACAUGAAAGUUUCAGCAUCCUGGAUUCAGGAAUUUAUCGUGUUAUUAGUAGUAGAAGAGGCAGUCAGUCUGAAGAAGAUUCUUGUUCACUUCAUAGCCAAACACUCUCUGAAGAUGAGAGACUGAAAGAAUUCAUGUCACAUCAAGAAGAGGACCAAACUGAGCAGGGUUACAGUUCACACAGAAACGAAGUGACAGUUGAGACAGAUAAGAAUGAAACUGUCCUUCCCUUCGGCAUUCCAUUAUCAUUUCGUUCUCCAUCUCCUCUUGUGUCUCUUCAGGCUGUCAAGGAAAGUGUUUCUAGUUUUGUGCGUAAAACUACUGAAAAGAUUGGUACCCUUCAUGCAAGCCCUGAUCUGAAAAUGAGAGCAGAAUCCAGGGGAAAUGAGCAGUCAUGUGAAGAGGAUGUGAGUCCAGCUGCUAACCUAAAAGAGGAAGUUACUGAGGAUGAAAAAGAAGUUACUAGUCAGCCUCCAGAAGACAACAAAUUCCAAGAGCUUAAAAUAGCAACGGCUGAAGCAAUGACCAAGCUACAGGACCCACUUAUUUUAUUUGAACCCAUGUCUCUGAAAAUGGUGUUGCAGAAAUGGCUUUCUCAGUUAGAAAAAUCAUUUCCCAUGAAGGACUUCUCAGGUAUUUCAUACACUGACAGCUCAUCCAUGCAGCAGAAAAAGGAUGUGUUAUUGCUUGAUGAGUCAAAACACGGAGAAUUAGAUGAAGACAAUGUAAUAGGAAAAAAGAACACUUUGAGCUCUGAAGACACUGUUGUUCAAACCACAAGUGAAUCUGAAAAAGAAAAAAAGGACCCUGAAGGCAAUGAAGAUGCUGUAAAUCAAACUACGAAUAAAUCUGAAGAUAGUGUGAGCAAGUCCUUGGAUGACCUUUUUCAGAUAUUUUCUCCAUGCAUCAUAGAGAACAGUCUUCAGAAGGAACUGGCUGAAUUGACCACAUUGUGCUUGGAAUUGAACACAUUGAAGUCUGAGAUCAAAAGCACAAGUGAUCAAGUGGGCGGCACUUUACAACAUUUUUCUGAACUUCUACCUUGUCAGUUCCUAAAGAAGUACUUCUUUCUCCUAGACUUGCAAAGAACAAAGGAGAGUAUCAAGCUUAGUUACCCUAACAGUCCUGGUGUUUGGAACACUUUUAUGGAAGGAUUGGAAGAAAUGGCACAUUCCAGUUCUACAUACAUGAAAAUGGAAGGAGACCUGCCUACACUAAUAAAGUUAUUAGAGGACUCAGUUCCUUUUGAUAGUCCUUUGUUGAUUGUUUAUGCUACCCGAUUGUAUGAGAAGUUUGGGGAAUCUGCCCUUCGAUCCUUAAUCCGGUUUUAUCCAUCCAUUUUGCCCUCGGAUAUCAUGCAGCUCUGUCAUCAGCAUCCUGCCCAAUUUUUGGCCUAUUUAGACUGUCUGGUGAAAUCUAGGCCUGAAGAUCAACGACUUUCCUUCCUUGAGUCUCUUCUACAACCAGAGUCUUUAAGAUUGAAUUGGCUGCUUUUGGCUGUUUCCCAUGAUGCUCCUCCAACCACCAGCACUCUGGAUGAUGAAGGAAAUCCCAGGCCUUAUUCACACUUGUUUUCCUGGAAUUACAGCCAGCUAAUUCUUCAUCUGGUUAAACUUCCUGCAGAAUUUACAACCAAAGAGAAGAUGACUGACAUUUGUAGGUCUCAUGGUUUCUGGCCUGGAUAUCUUACUCUGUGUUUGCAGCUGGAGAGGAGAAGAGAGGCCUUCACCACCAUUGUGUAUCUGAAUGAUAUGAGCCUGAUGGGAGGGGACAAUGGUUGGAUCCCAGAGACUGUGGAGGAAUGGAAGCUUCUUCUACAUCUUAUACAGAACAAAAGCACUGUGCCAACACCUCAAAGUCCACCAAAUGGGAUCUUCAGUGAUGGGCCUUCUCCUAUCAAUGUGGAAAAUGUGGCACUUCUGUUAGCUAAGGCUAUGGGCCCAGAUCAGGCCUGUUCACUGUUACAGGAAUGCAAUUUGACACAUGAGCUUUCAGAGAAGUUUACCAGAACCUGUGAUAUUCUGAGGAUUGCUGAAAAAAGGCAGAGAGCCUUGAUACAAAGCAUGCUUGAAAAAUGUGAUCGGUUUCUAUGGUCUCAGCAAGCCUAAGUGGAAGGAGAUUCAACAAGUCAUCAUUAUAUUUUGAAAGAAAAUGAAUCAUGCUACUGAGCCUUCUGAAUGUGCUUAUUAUUGAAGGAACGGGACCACCCGACCUCCUUCUUUGGGAGUACUUUUUGGUACUGCAUCUAACUCUGGCUAGGACUUCCUCUGUUUCUCAACCAAAGAUGAAUUCUGGAAGCAAAUUCAUACUGAAAUGAAGUG